AGUGUACUGAUUGCGACCUAUUUUUUCCCCAAUCGACCGCAGCCUGCCCCAGCUAGUUCCACUUCCGUCGGUAGCGGUAGCCGAUCACCGUCAAAGCCCACGUCGGCACCACGAGCAUCUGCCGGAGGUUCCAGCACGCUGAAGCAGCGAAAAACGACCACCACCACAACCGCGGCACGGAAUCGUAAUACGGGCACCGGAUCCGGUGGUAUGUGGCGCUUCUACACGGACGAUUCUCCCGGAAUCAAGGUUGGCCCGGUCCCAGUGCUCGUAAUGUCGUUGCUGUUCAUUGCUUCCGUGUUUAUGCUGCACAUCUGGGGCAAGUACACCCGUGCGUAAAAUGGCAGUGCAUCCUACAUCGGACUGAUGCUUCCCCG